AUGUUCAUCGAUAAACGUUUUGUAAAAAUCAAUUUAUCUGCUAAUGUAAAUAAUGAAAAUAAUGGUGCCGAGGUCCCAGAAUAUUGGCGAAUUGGCUUAGGCGAUAUCUGCCAGUAUCCAUCAGUACAUAGAGCAACUGAUGAUGCAACGCGAUACGUUGAAUGUGUUAAAAUUGAUAGCGACGCAAAUAACAGAAUAGAUUUGGGUAUUUGGAUGCUUAAACAAUGCCCGAAGGGAUAUAAUUUUUUUGCACCGAUUCAACGAUGCGAGACAAUCGAGCUUAUAGCGAAGAGACAAAUUCUUUGUGAUGGACCAAAUGCUUCUAAAUUUAUUUUUUGCCCAUCAAAUAAUGAUAAAAAGUUUGUCGUUCAUGAAACUCAAGUAAAUCCAAAACAGUGCAAAGAAUGUGAAAACAUUAACUCAAGCGAUUGUCAAUGUCCAACUAGCAAUAUUUUUGAGUUAGUAUGGAUCAAUCGGGUGAAGAAAUCCGCACAUCAGUAUACAAAUGAUAUGGCAACAAUGAUCUGCACUGUCUGCCCGUCGACAUCAACGAAGUGCAUUUGCCCACAGCAAUCAGUUCGUCAGCCAAAGCCUAAUGAAGAGCAAUUCAUUCAAACACCUUUUGCAUCAGUAGUUAAAAAUUAUGAAACAACUCAGCAAUCUACUUAUCAAACCGAUCAGUUCCUCAUUGCUCAGCCUCAAAGUUGUCCUUUAGUACAAGGAAACGCAAUUCAAAAUGCAAUAUACCAAGGAAUUUGUUCAUGGAUGACUGAUCCACUUGCUCUUGAUCCUGAAAGUAGAACACAUUUUCUACAAUGUCAGCCUGCACCCAAUAGUCUUUUCUGCGGUAGAUGGCAAAGAAUGCCGUGUGCACCAGGGACAGUUUUCGAUGUUAAUGUUCAAAUAUGCAUUUGGGGCUCAAGUAUGAUGCUCGGCUUACAUAAAUUUUACGUUUAA